CGCCCCGCUCGCUGCGCCAGUCUCCGCGGUGCGCAGGCGCGGAGGUUUCUCCUUGUCAGUCGGCGCCGCGUGCGGGCUAGUGGCUCUGUGGUGGCGGCGGCGGCGGCCGAGGCGGCGGCUAGUCAUCGGCACCAUGAACGGCUUCAGCAGCGAGGAGCGCGCCGCGCCCUUCACCCUCGAGUACCGAGUCUUCCUCAAAAAUGAAAAAGGACAAUAUAUAUCUCCAUUUCAUGAUGUUCCAAUUUAUGCAGAUAAGGAUGUGUUCCACAUGGUAGUUGAAGUACCACGCUGGUCUAAUGCAAAAAUGGAGAUAGCUACGAAGGACCCUUUAAACCCAAUUAAACAAGAUGUGAAAAAAGGAAAACUCCGUUAUGUUGCAAAUUUGUUCCCUUAUAAAGGAUAUAUCUGGAACUAUGGUGCCAUCCCCCAGACUUGGGAAGACCCAGGACACAAUGACAAACACACUGGCUGUUGUGGUGACAAUGACCCCAUUGAUGUGUGUGAAAUUGGAAGUAAGGUAUGUGCAAGAGGUGAAAUAAUUAGGGUGAAAGUUCUGGGCAUACUGGCUAUGAUCGAUGAAGGGGAAACUGACUGGAAAGUCAUUGCCAUUAAUGUGGAUGAUCCUGAUGCAGCCAAUUACAAUGAUAUUAAUGAUGUCAAGCGGCUGAAACCUGGCUACCUGGAAGCUACUGUGGACUGGUUUAGAAGGUACAAGGUUCCUGACGGAAAACCAGAAAACCAGUUUGCUUUCAAUGCAGGAUUUAAAGAUAAGGAUUUUGCAAUUGAUAUUAUUAAAAGCACUCAUGACCAUUGGAGAGCAUUAGUGACAAAGAAAACCGACGGAAAGGGAAUCAGUUGCAUGAAUACUACAGUUUCUGAGAGCCCCUUCAAGUGUGAUCCCGAUGCUGCCAAAGCUAUUGUGGAUGCUUUACCACCACCAUGCGAAUCUGCCUGCACAGUACCAACAGAUGUGGAUAAGUGGUUCCAUCACCAGAAAAACUAAUGAAUAUUCUGUGGAAUACAAGCUGAUAUUGCUGCAUCUUAUUCAUCUGGAGUAUUAGAUGCAAAAGUAGUAGCUUUUCAAAGCUUUAAAUUCAUAGAACUAAUCUAACUAAAGCAAAUUCUGCUGCAACCAAUAUAUUCAGAAUGUUCUGCAUCUAAAAGCAUUUUUCAUAUCUCAACUAAGAUAACUGUUAGUACAUGUUUCAAUAUCAAAGCAGUUGUAAUUUGGAAGUCAUUUGUGAAUAAAUGUGCAAGACGAGUGCAUGUUGGAUGUAUAUGUUUACUAUGUGUUAGAAAAUAAAAUUAUUUUGCUGGAACUUCA